CGCGCCUCUUAGACUUGUCAUUUCUCAACUCUCAACUACCCAGACAACAAUCCCUUCUCAUCCAAGAAUCAAGAAUCCUCUUUUUUUGAAAAAAAAAAAACAGAAAAAUCAAAAUGGGAGGGAGGUCUUCAAAGCAGAGUUCAACAUCAAAUUCAAAUUCAGGGAAGAAGAAGAAACAGAGGGAUAUGAAUAAGGUUGUAAUAACUCCACCAUCCGUACAAGAAUCCAUAGAUAAGCCAACUGCAGUAGCUCAAGAAUCACCAAAAUUGUCUGCUCAGUAUUCAAAUAUCAGCGAUACCGAUGAAUUUUACGACGGAAUUCCUCGCUAUCGCAGGAGUUUAACCCUCAAAUCUAGAUCAUAUAGGGGCACAAAGGUUUCGGAAGUGGGUUCGAUUCUGGGAAGAGCUGGUAGUGCUGGACUCGGAAGGGCGGUAGACGUAUUGGACGCGCUCGGAACUAGUGUCACCAGUUUGAACUUAAAAGGCGGAGGAUUCGUUUCCGGUUCGACUACCAAAAACAGUGAACUUACCAUUUUAGCCUUUGAGGUAGCCAACACAAUUGUGAAAGCAUCAAACCUUAUGGAAUCGCUUUCGAUGCGAAGCAUAAGGCAAUUAAAAGAAGUAGUGCUUCCCGCUAAAUACGUCCAGCUGUUAAUUUCAAACGACACCGACGAACUUUUGAGCAUAGUUGCCUCCGACAAAAGAGAGGAGCUGAAAGUUUUUGCGGGAGAGGUAGUUCGGUUCGGAAAUCGAUGUAAAGAUCCUCAGUGGCACAACUUGGACCGCUUCUUCGAGAAACGUAGCAGAGAUAGAACCCCUCAGAAGCAGUUGAAGGAAACAGCCGAAGCGGUGAUGCUGCAGCUCAUGACUUCUGUUCAACUUACAGCUGAGCUUUACCAAGAGCUGCAUGCGCUCGACAGAUCUGAACAAGAUUAUCAACGUAAGCGUCUCGAGGAGUUCAAAUCCAAUGCCUCGCAAAGAGGAGACAGGGACAACAGCGUAAACGUUUUGUUAGGGGAAAUAAAAAGCCAACGGAAAGUAGUGAAAAACUUAAAGAAAAAGUCUUUGUGGUCCAGAAGUAUGGAAGAGGUUAUGGGGAAGCUUGUGGAUAUCGUGCUGUUUUUGAAUCAGGAAAUAAACAACACCUUCGGCAAUCCAGUCACACCAAGAGGUGAAGGUGAAAAACCCGAAAAACGAAUCAGCAAUCAGCAAAAACUGGGACCCGCCGGGCUUGCAUUACAUUAUGCUAACAUUAUUCUGCAAAUCGACGCAAUUGUAGCUCGUCCGAGUUCCGUGUCACCAGAGUCAAGAGAUACAUUGUAUCAAAGCUUGCCACCGAAUGUAAGAGAUUCUUUACGAUCAAAGCUGCAGACUUUCCACGUCGGAAAAGAGCUGACUGUGACACAAAUCAAAGACGAGAUGGAGAAGACGUUGCAUUGGCUUGCUCUCGUCGCCACAAACACAGCCAAAGCACAUCACGGAUUCGGUUGGGUCGGAGAGUGGGCUAACACCGGCUCCGCACAUAAUCACAGAACAGUGGGGCCCAUCGACAUUAUGCAAAUCGAGACACUACACCAUGCAGACAAGCAAAAGACAGAGGCUUACGUUAUCGAUCUUCUGUCAUGGCUUAACUAUUUGGUCAACCGGUCAAAGCCCGUUGCCAAGAAAGGCGGUGCUGUGAAGCCAUCACCGAAAACUUCGGGAAUUUCGAAUCGGGAGUUUGUGCAUGAUUUAAAUGUUGAAAGAAAUAAAUUAGGUGAAGACGAAACGGAGGUACAUUCGUCUGCUAAUAAUACCUUCGAUCAUCUUUCUGCGAUUGAUAGAGUGUAGUGGACUGUAUUCAUUUUCUUUUCUUCUUCUUUUUUUUCUUUUUUUUUUUUUUGAAAUAGUUUGUACACAACUGGAUUAUGAUGUAAUUAAAGAUUGAACAGCAUAUUUUAUGUA